UCUUUGAUGCUCCCAGUUAUGUAUUUAGGUACUAGUGCGGAGGCAGAGAAAAUCCUAAAUCCUAAACCUGACAUGCUUGCUCCUAGCCCUGGAGUACCUUUAAGAUUCUUAGGGGUAUUAGGAGCUAAAGCCGUCUCCUCGCUACCGUCAAAAUGCUGGCUGCUUAAGGUCUGCAAGACUUUUGUCUUGCAGGUCUCUAUAGAGGUUCACGGUGAGUCAUCCGCCCGUCUUGCAAAGGUUGCAUCUUUGCAGCGGCCACUGUACCUCAGCAGUAGCCCUAGUCAUGCAGUCAUUCUCAAUGGGACCAAUGACUCCAGUGCUCAGGGACCUUCCAGAAUGACUUGGGGUGUUGCGAGUCGAGUCCUGGAGUCUUUCCUUUGUCUCGGACCUUUGCUGCUGCACAUGUGUUAACUAGUAAUCUGUGUUUACGUUCAGUAGGAAAAUCUCAAUAGAACUGACAGUAAGCUUCGCAACUGGCUUUCUCCUCCUUUGAAAUGUGUUUGGAAAUUGAUUUUAUCUUUGCGCCCCAGCAUCUCUGAUUCAAGGGAGCUCAUUUGUGACAGCGGGAAGGACUUUGAGAAGAUGCCAAGCAUUCCUUAGAUCCAUGUUACCUGCUGUCAGUCAGUGCCUGAAAUUUAUGAAUGUGUUUAGUCCCUGUCUCCCCUCCACCAGAAUGUAAGCUACUGGAGGUCAGGAAACUUAUUUCAGUCACCACUGUUACCCCAGUGCUACCAGAACAAAAACACUGCCAGUCAUGUAAUAGACGCUCAAUGAAUAUUGGUUUAAUUGAAUAACAGACUAGAAGCAAUGUGGCAAUAAGCAACACAACCAGCAACAAUAUCUUGGUAUCUCCUGAUUUAUCUGCUGCCCCAAAGAUCAAGAAAUGGAGAUGAUCUUUCAUCUCCAGGGCCUGGACUUUAUCUCCAGUCAUUGCUCUCUCCUCUGUGUCAGUCUGCAUGUCAGAGAAACGCACGCUUCCUAAUGAGUGUCCAACCUGGCUUGUCAUCCUUUCUCUGCCACUACCCAGCUGUGACCUUAGAUAUGGCUUUGACUUUCUGUGGGCCUAUUCCAGCUCUACAAUGUUCUUAUUCUAUAACCUGGCAAAACCAGCACCUGCCGGCUAUUUGUGUGAAGCAAGAACAUCUUUCUAGAAGGAAGUAGAACAAGCACCUGCUUAUGAAAAUUACUUUUUAUAAGGAAGUCUGUUUUUGCUCAGUGCAGUUGAUUCCAUAUCUGGGAGGCUCAAAAAUAACAUCAUUCUCUUGAAUUGUUAACUUUAAACUGUUUAUAAAAACACAGGUAUCACUACUGCUUACCAUUUGUUUGAGGUUGUGUGUUUUUCAUAUGAUUUCAUAUCUGUAAUCAUCUCUCACACACAAAACCAGAUAUGAUGUGCAGAAAAUUGAGAAUAAAACAUGACUGACAUAGCUUCAUUCUCUUGGAAAUAGUGAGAUUAUCAUGGGCUAUGGACUCAGAACUAAAAUUGGCACUAGUGAAAGAAAAGAUCUAGUAAAAGAAAGUCAAUCAAAAGCAACAUGAUUGAAGAUGUUCAUUGCUGUAUAUUUUAUAAUAGUGAAAAACUGAAAAGUUUCAUCAAUAGGAGUCUGGCUAAGAACUUAUGAUACAUUUGUACCAUAAAAAGUGGUAAAAUAGUUAAGGUAAAGAAUAUACACCCUCAAUGGGACUUCCCUGGUGGUGCAGUGGUUAAGAAUCUGCCUGCAGUGCAGGGGACAUGGGUUCGAACCCUGGUCCGGGAAGAUCCCACAUGCCGCAGAGCAACUAAGCCUGUGCGCCACAACUACUGAGCCUGUGCUCUAGAGCCCGUGAGCCACAACUACUGAGCCUGCACUCUAGAGCUCACGAGCCACAACUACUGAGCCUGUGUGCUGCAACUACUGAAGCCUGCAUGCCUAGAGCCCGUGCUCCGCAACAAGAGAAGCCACCUCCCGCGCACCGCAACGAAGAGUAGCCUCCGCUUGCUACAAAUAGAGAAAGCCCUCACGCAGCAAUGAAGACCCAACACAGCCAUAAAUAAUUUAAAAAAAGAAUAUAUACCCUCAAGACAUGUUGAUGAGAGAAAAAGAAGGUAUGUUUAGAGUGCGUUUAGUAUGAUCUCGUGUGUAUAUAAAAAAGAAAAUAAGACAUAUCUUCUGAUCUGACAUAUGUAUGUUAACUCAUAGGAAAAGGUCUGGAUGGAAUAAAAUGGUUGACGAUGUUAUUUCUGGGAAAGAAGUAGGAUUGGUGGGGGCUUGGUGCAGUGACAUUGCUUCACUUUUUACUCCAGGCUUCUGUGUUUUUGGCAUUUUAUAAAACCAUAGUCAUGAGUGGGGUUUUUGGUAAUUAUAACACUCGAAAUUACUGGAGAGGAAAAGAUGUGCGACAAAGAGAAAUUGGGGCACAAAGUGAGAUUUGAGGUCGGGAGAAGGAAGAUGAAACGCUUCAGGUAGUGAGCGCUGGCCGUUCUCACCAAAUCCUGUGAUAUUUUGUGACUGGUGAGUUGGAGCUUGUGCCGUGUUCUGAGGAUGAUAGAUAUACAUAGAUGUCCUACAUCACUCCAAAAACUAUGACCUGCAAUGGAGGACCCACAAAUCAAGAAAACCCAGUUUCCACAUUACCUUCUUUUGGUCUCUUUGUAAGCAUUGGGUGAGAAAAAUUUUGUAUCUUUAGGAAACAUUGAUUCACUUCCAUCCCUGGAUGAGUAAAUCUGCUACCAUAAUAGAGCAGUUGUAUCGACCACAGACGUCUUUCCUCUACCCGUGACUUUAUUUCCACUUUGUUGGAUUUAUUCAUUCAGUCUGUAACUUUUAUUGAGCCCCCAUCUGCCACUCUUAGACAAGGCCCCUGCUCUCCCGGAGCUUCUAGUCAGGGGGCUGGACAGAGAUGACAGGAAGUAUCAGGAAGUGAGAACUACUGUGAUGAAAAUUAAGCAAAGUGAUGUGAGAAGGCAUAACCAGGAAACUACGUUAAGAGAGGUAGUUAGGAAAGACUCCUUUGAGGAAGUCAUUCAUAAACCCAGGCACGCAUAAGAAAGGAAGGAGCCAGAUGUGUGAUCAUUUGAGGGAAGAGUCGUCCAAGCAGAGAGAUUACAACGGGGCCCAGAGAGUGGGCAAGAGCGUGUGGGACUCAAGAGUUUGCUGCGUGGUUGGGACUUCCGGAGGUUGGACAGGCGAGAGAGGUCUGCAGGACAGGAUCAUGUCAUGACUGGAGGACAAGGUAAGCUCCCCAAGCCCUCUAGCUGACCAGGUGGUGAGUUCAAGGUCCUAAUCCAACAGCACAAGGGAAUUCACACCAGCCCUGAGCCUCGAAGAUGGUGUCACAGUCUGCGGGCCGGCAGGACUCUCCUGUGGACCCCUGGGAAGGAAUCAGCAAUGACCCUGGCGACAUUGAUGGUUCGCCCAGCCUCCUGGACACGGACCACCUCUCUUGCACAUCAAACAUCAGGUUUACGAGGCACAGAGCUGCCUGGAUUAACCCCCAGUGUGUGCAGCAACAGCUGCAGGACUCGCCCCCCCAGGUGCCAGCAGUGGGGAACAAAGAGAGCCGUGUUGCCUGGGACGCUGCCUCUCCCUUGGGCCCUUCACCGUUAUCUCUUGGGGACUCCGUGGCGGAGACAUCAUUGUCGAAGGGCACUGUGGACUCCAUGGGCAGCUCCUCUGCCCGGGGCUCAGCUGAAAAAGGCGGUGACUUCUCUCUUACUUCAAAGGAAGAACGGGCAGUGCUCCCAGGACGCUGUCCUUGGACGCCUCUGUUCACAAGCUCCAAAACUGACUUGGCUGCCUCCCCGUGUCGUGAGGCUGACGAUACUCUUUUCAAGCCUUCCCAGCUGACAGCUUCCACUGAUGCAGGUGCUAUUCAAGUCGGUGGAAGAACCGUUUCUUCAAAUUCCUUCUCACCAGAGGCAUUCGUGCUCCCUGUGGAUGUAGAAAAGGAAAAUGCCCACUUUUACAUCGCAGAUAUGAUUAUCUCAGUCAUGGAGAAUAUGAAGUGUAGUAUUCUGAGUCAACAGCACACAGAGACCUGGAGUACAGGAGAGGCCGGCGGGUCGCUCGGGCAUGAGCCGGCAGACUUGGAAGGGAUGUUUUAUAACCACAUAAAGCAGGAAUCCGGCUCUUCCACUUCGUCCGACAGUGGCUCUGAAGGUUGUGCUGUGUUACAGGUCAGCCCAGUGGUUGAAACACCUACUUACUGUGAUGCGAUGAAGGAUGACUGCAAAUGUGACUUGGAUGAAUUCGUUAUCGUAGAACUUGGAGAUUUCAGCAAUACCACAGAGACCUAUGGAUGUUCCUGCAGCUCCUCUAAGAGUGUCGUUUAUGAGCCAAACUUCAAUUCGGCUGAGCUAAUAGCCAAAGAGUUAUACCACCUCUUCAGGAAGUGCUGGAUGUCAGAAGUUAAUUAUCAGCUGGCAGGCUCCCUGAACGCAGCUGGCUCCAUAGUUGUAAAUGAAGAAUGUGUCCAGAAAGACUUUGAAUCCAGCACGGAUGUAGUACAGGAAAUUAAAUUGAAGUCGAGGAUCAGAGGGACUGGAGACUGGGCGCCCCCUAGGUUUCAAAUCAUAUUUAAUGUUCAUCCACCACUCAAGAGGGAUCUCAUGGUAGCAGCCCAAAAUUUUUUCUGUGCUGGCUGUGGAACUCCGAUAGAACCUAAAUUUGUGAAGCGGCUCCGGUACUGCGAAUACCUGGGCAAGUAUUUCUGUGACUGCUGCCACUCGUACGCGGAGUCGUGCAUCCCGGCCCGUAUCCUCAGGAUGUGGGACUUCAGGAGGUACUACGUCAGCAAUUUCUCCAAACGGCUGCUGGAUAGCAUAUGGUACCAGCCCAUCUUCAACUUGCUACACGUGGGCCACGGCCUGUAUACGAAGGCCAAGGAGCUGGACAGAGUGAGGGAAGUCCAGGAGCAGCUAUUUCACAUCAGGAAGCUGUUGAAGACCUGCAGGUUUGCUGAAAGCACAUUAAAGGAGUUUGAACAGGUGCCAGGACACUUGACUGAUAAGCUUAACCUGUUCUCCCUGGAGGACCUGGUCCGGGUCAAGAAAGGGCUGCUGGCGCCCUUGCUCAAGGACAUUCUGAAAGUUUCCCUCGCGCACGUGGCCAGCUGUGAGCUGUGUCAAGGAAAGGGUUUCAUUUGUGAAUUUUGCCGGAGUACAGCUGUCAUCUUCCCAUUUCAGACUGCAACGUGUAGAAGAUGUUCAGCGUGCAGGGCUUGCUUUCACAAGCAGUGCUUCCAGGCCUCCGAGUGCCCCCGGUGUGCGAGGAUCGCAGCGAGGAGAAGACUUUUGGAAAGUUUGCCCUCUGUGGCGACGUCAUGCCCUUGACUGUCGUGAGAAAGACUGUGAAACACUUGUUAUGAUCACGUCUCCUAUUGAUAAGAUUGUUUUAUUAUUAUAAUUUUUUUUUUUUUUUUUUUGCGGUUCUCUCACCGCUGUGGCUUCUCCCGUUGCGGAGCACAGGCUCCGGACGCGCAGGCUCAGCGGCCAUGGCUCAUGGGCCCAGCCGCUCCGCGGCACGUGGGAUCUUCCCGGACCGGGGCACGAACCCGCGUCCCCUGCAUCGGCACGCGGACUCUCAACCACUGCGCCACCAGGGAAGCCCAAGAUUGUUUUAUUAUUGACUGUUGUCUAUUAAGAAAAAAGAUGGCCAAUAUUCUCUUCAUUAUAUAUAUUUAAUAUUUUACAAGAAUGCAGAUCCUUUGUUAUUAAGCCUAGGGUUGUUACUGGUGAUUUUGUUUACAGAUGUUCAAUGUUUUUGCUGCUACUGUUUUUUUAAGGUUUUUUUCUUUUGAUACUUCUUAAAUUGUAUUUGAAUAGUUGUAUUUAGCUAAUGGUGGAGCCUAUUUUUUAUGAAUUGUAACUGACAAGGCAAAUGACUCAGUUCCUCUUCCCGUGAAGCUUGUUUUGUGAAAGGGAUUGGUACUUCCAAGGAACAAAAAGGCAACCAAAACUC